AUGUCCCAAUCGACAAAUAACACGCCGAGAAGCUCGCGGAGAUUCCUCCCGAAGACACCCGAUUCACAAAUUGCGAAAAUCCAAUGGAGUUCUGCAGCUCCAUCUCCUGUUUUAAGACAUCGCCGACUCGAUUUGGUCAAAAGUGCUGAUCCACUUCGAUACAAUAACAGUUGGCUGAGCGCAGAGAUGAAACAACCGAUUCGAUCGCAGUCAUUCAAACAUCGACCUUCCACUACUAAAGCUUUGCCUAUUGAGGCUCCGAGAAGAUCCCCAAUGGAGGAGAUGAAUCCAGAAAGGCGACGAAGUACUCCAACGAUCACUCGACGAGGAUCCCUUCAGAGAUCGAAAUUAGAGCCACGAACUGAUGUGUGGCCUGAACCGAAACAGGCUAGUGAGGUGGAGGAGCGUUUCUUGAAGUUACCCGAUUCAGAAGAUUACACAAGAGUUCGUCAAUUCAAAAUCGAUGCCCGGGGAGCGGUGGUGAAUCGAGGAGACAGCUUUAGACGGAAAAGACAAGGAGACAAAUCCCCAUCUCCAUACGCGUUGAGCGACUCGGCACGGGACUCGAAUUCGCGGAGUGAGAGCGUUUCAUCAGGUGAUGAACAUCACUUGAAAAGAAGGGAUUUCCCACCGCCAUCACCGACCAUUCAAACAAAUGGACAAGAGAACGAUCAUCCCGCACCAACAUCGAGUCAUCUCGUUUACAAGGUGUACGUGGUCGGUGAUCGUGGCACCGGAAAAUCGGCCCUAAUCAGUCAAUUCAACUCCUCCGAGUUCAAAAAUGCAUUCGCUGAUGAAAUCGAAGAAUACGAGAACACGGUUUCGAUUUGUAUUGGUGGAGAAGAGUGCGAUUUGGUCUUCUUUGAAUCGGAUAUGCCACUUCACUUCGACAACUUUCAGGCCGAUCCUCUAUUCCUAACCGAUGAAGUCUCAGCUUUCCUUGUCCUCUACUCAAUCGAUUCUCGAUCCUCAUUCAAACAGGCCACUUAUGGGAUUGAAAUGAUUCGCAAUCGACAAAACCUUCAACACAUCCCAGUGAUUUUAGCGGGAAACAAAGCCGAUUUGGAGAGGAAAAGAGCUGUGGCAAGACAAGAUGUCAAAGAAGUAGCAGCUCGUUUUUGCUGUGAGCAAUUCGAGAUCUCGGUUGCUCUCAAUCAUGACGUGGAUGAUCUCCUUGUUGGAUUGUUAGCCGAAAUCAAGGACGCUUUUGUGACAAAAGACGAGCAAAGAAGAAGUGUACCGAUCUCUCCACGAGUCGCUGAAAUUAAAGAGAAAGACGAUUUCCGAGCCGCCAUUCGACGCUAUUCACAGAGAAAGAAGAAAGAAUCCGAUAGUGAGCAAACUACCGCCAAAUGUUCCGUUCUCUCUCCAUCCGGCUUUUUCAACAAACUAAAGCAAUGGAAACGAAAUGUCAGUCCAAGAAUCACAAUU